UGUGCCUGAUCUUCCUCAUCAAAUUAAGCUCACGAAAAUGCAAUUGCCAGAGCACGAACGAAGCGAGUCCGAAACAGCUAGAAACUUCGCUAGAAUAGCUGCAAGUAUGGAAGAGUCGGAGUUAUUAAGCUAUGGAGCUAUAUUCAACAGCUUUUACGAGCUUGAAACAGUGUAUGCUGAUUAUUACCGGGACGUUUUGAAAAGAAGGGCUUGGCAUAUUGGACCCGUUUAGUUAUGCAAUCGGGAAAUCGAAGACAAAGCACAGAGGGGUAAAGAAGCAUCGAUCGACGAACAUGAGUGUUUAAAAUGGCUUGAUUCUAAGAAACCCAAUUCGGUGAUAUAUAUCUGUUUCGGAAGCGUGGCGAAAUUCGAUGCUUCUCAGUUGUAUGAGAUCGCAAUGGGUCUUGAAUCAUCAGGGCAACAGUUUGUCUGGGUUGUGAAGAGAGAGGAAAACGAAAACGCAAGUGAAGAAUUGUUACCGGAGGGGUUUGAAGAAAGGAUGAAAGACAAGGGUUUAAUUAUCAGAGGGUGGGCCCCCCAAGUGUUGAUUCUCGAUCACGACGCGGUGGGUGGUUUCGUGACUCAUUGCGGGUGGAAUUCGACAUUGGAAGGGAUUAGUGCUGGAGUUCCGAUGGUGACAUGGCCGGUGUUCGCAGAGCAAUUUUAUAAUGAGAAGUUGGUGACGGAGAUAUUGAGGAUCGGGGUUAGCGUUGGGGCUCUUAAGCGGAAUACUUUUACGGUAAGUAGUGGGGUGAUGAGAGAGCAGAUUGGGAAGGCUGUGCAGCAUGUCAUGGUGGGUAAAGACGCGGAGGAGAUGAGGAAUAGAGUGAAGGAAUUCAAGGAAGUGACGAAGAAGGCGGCUGAAGAAGGUGGAUCGUCGCACACUAAUUUGAAUAAUCUUAUACAUGAAUUGAGUUCUCAUCAGGCUUGAGAUGCUGAAGUUAAAUUUGGUAAUGACAAAUGAAU